UUUUUGGGUUGUUAAGAUGGUACACAAAAAAUGGAGGCGCCCUAAUCAGCUGAAACCGUCUGCUGGGAUGACGGGUUGAAAAUUUGGUUAAUUGGUUAAGGACACAUCAAGCCAUCAUACAGAGGAAUACAUAAUCAUUGAGGUCUGGAUAAAUACUGGAGGUCAUAUCCAGUCAUCUAGGGUCUAAGAGAACAAGAACACGUAUCAGAAGACCAAUGAAAAGAUCGAGAAUCAUCAUCUUCACUAGGGAAGAUUCCUAUCGCGUGCGUCACUGACAGGUGGCCAGUGCAAGAAUGUCUCAUAACAGAUAAAUAUAUUCAUCCCUGCUAAACAGCAAUCCCAGAUUGAAUCUGACCAGCUGAAUUUCCUCUGUGAUGAGCGACUCGGAACAGCGGCAGCUGCAUGUGCCUUAUCGAGAGUAUCAUUCACAGAAUUCAACCAAUCCAGCAACUCUUGUAGAGACCGAUGCUCUUGUUGAUUUAUCAGUCACACCAGUUGAAAAUUUACUGCAACCAAGGGACGAAGCUGAUUUGUUGCCUGACGUUGAAUUUAUACCUGCCCUUAGUGCGGAACAAUCUAUAACCAUUGAUUCCCCUGGAACAGACCGGGAGAGCCAGCCUCUCCUUGGUCGACUGGAACUUGACGUUACAUUCAACAGAUUUCCUGAUGAUCCACAAUUUUCGGAGUUAGUAUGGCAAGCAGAAUGUGCUAUAGACAGUGGAAUAUUCCCUGAGAGAAUUUAUCAAGGCUCGAGUGGUAGUUAUUUUGUAAAAAACCCUGCUGGAAAAAUUAUCGGUGUAUUUAAGCCAAAGGAUGAAGAACCUUAUGGAAGAUUGAAUCCAAAAUGGACAAAGUGGAUGCAUAAGCUGUGUUGUCCUUGUUGUUUUGGCAGAAGUUGCCUCAUACCUAAUCAGGGUUACUUAAGCGAAGCUGGUGCCAGUCUAGUUGACCGGAAGCUUGGCUUGGGUGUAGUUCCAAACACCAGAGUUGUAAAAUUGGUCAGCGUAACAUUUAAUUAUCCAAGAUUUGAUAGACAAAAGGCACGAAUGAAACAAGUCAUCAUGGACCAAUUUCCUACGGUCGGUUCACACUUCAAUCGGAUCGGUCUUCGGCCAAAGGUCGGCUCCUUCCAGGUAUUUGUAGAUGGUUACAAAGAUGCUGAUUACUGGCUACGAAGAUGGGAAAGUGAACCGCUACUGCCAAAACUUGGUAGACAAUUUCAGUUGCAAUUUGAACGACUUGUCAUUCUGGAUUAUAUCAUUAGAAAUACUGACAGAGGUAACGAUAACUGGCUUAUUAAAUAUGAACCUGGAGGCAGCAAAGGAGCUAACAACGAGGAUGGUGAAGUCAAAAUUGCGGCCAUCGACAAUGGCCUGGCUUUUCCAUUUAAACAUCCUGACUCAUGGCGUGCAUAUCCUUAUCACUGGGCUUGGUUGAGUCAAGCAAAGCAACCUUUCAGCGAAGCCACACGAGAGCUCGUUUUACCGCAAUUAUCUGAUCAAAAUUUCGUUCAGGAUCUCUGUGACGAUCUUUAUCAGCUUUUCAAACAAGACAGAGGUUUCGAUCGACAUAAUUUUGACAGACAGAUGAGCGUAAUGCGGGGACAAAUUCUGAAUCUUCAACAGGCAUUGAAAGAUCAAAAGAGUCCUGUACAGCUCGUCCAAAUGCCAGCUGUUAUAGUCGAAAAGGCCAAAGGGAAUGGAGCACCAAGAUUAUUUUCAUUUUCUGACACUUUCACUCAACGCUUCCAGAAUAAAAGUCCCUUUUUCUCAUGGUGUUAAUGCAUAAUUUGGAAUGAUCUGUAAAUAUCCUCAAUUGUCCCGCGAAUCUCCGGGAUAGGAUCAUAAACCGUGAAUCCUGACAGAGUUACUUUAAGUUUUCUUGCAUGUUCAUUCAACAUCAACAAUCCAUUAAUAUAUGGAAGGAAAAGAAUUCUGCGAUAAUGCCCUACCGAUCCUGCAAUGAAUAAUCCACUCUACGUUUAUACAUUUAGCCCGAUCUUAAUUUGCGAGUAUCUUUUUAAUUGGGAUAUAGAUAUUAUUCAUAUAAUUAUAUUGUAUACAGUAAAUAUAUCACGUUAAAAUCA